UGCCACAGUCUGGAUGAAUCGAGUGCUGAACCUAGCACAUGAGCCUGCGUCCCUUGCUAAAACACCUGGGACUGCGGCUUUACUGUAUAUCACUCCCGUAGAGGCAACGGCAUAAUCCAUUGUGGUGACGGACAACAACAUGUCUAAACCUAUCCUUUCAUAUCAGAUUGGAUUGGGUUUGGCAGCUGGAGCAGCUACAGCGAUUGUAGUUUAUGUGUUGCACCAACGACGACAAAAGAGGAUUAAUAGAACAACGUCUAAACAAAAUGGGAAUCAUAUACACUCGUUUGCAGAUCAUAAUAUUCCAUUAACCUCAAGUUACUCACAAGCUUUUUCAGGAAGGGGAGAUAUCGUGGAUGUGUCACGUGGUGAGCAGUUGGAGCUGUUGAACCGCUUGGACCAUGUUCUUGGCAGCAUUACGGAGUUGAAGCAGGAGGUUGAAUCUCUGCGGAACAUUCUACAUGGGCUAGCUGAGGACAUUGUUGGAGAAGUGCGGUCACAUCUGGAGGAGAGCCACAAGGCCAAUCGACGCAGAAGGUUCCUGAUCCACAGAGAGAGGACAGAUUCCACAGGCUCCAGCUCUAUCUAUUUCACAGCUAGUUCUGGGGCACAACAUACAGAUGCAGAAAGUGAAGGGGGUUAUACUACGGCAAAUGCUGAAUCUGAUUAUGACCGUGAAAGCAGCAAAGCGAGUGAGGAAGAGGAGGAGGAUGAAGUCAGCUGUGAAACUGUGCGAACAAUGCGGAGGGACUCUGUGGAUCUAGUCACAGAUGAUGAAGCGACAAUGUUGGCCACUGACACUUUAGAUGAGGAGCUAACACUUCUGCUGGAGAAGUCUGACCAGUUGCACAACGGCGAUGAUGAGCAGAGAAGGGAAGGAUUCCAGCUGCUCUGCAGUAAUAAAUUACUGUAUGGGGACCAUCAAGACUUUCUGUGGAGACUAGCCCGUUCCUACAGUGAUAUGUAUGAAAUUACUGAAGACAUUCUGGAGAAGAAAUCGUAUGCAUUUGAUGGGAAAGAAGAAGCUGAAAUUGCACUUCAAAAAGGAGGCCAAAGUGCAGAGUGCCACAAAUGGUUUGCCAUCCUUUGUGGGCAACACUCAGAGCAUGAAGGCAUUCAGAAGCGCAUUCAGAUUGGAUAUCUUUUUAAGGAACACAUUGAAAAGGCAAUUGCUUUACAGCCCCAUGACUCUGUAUGCUACUAUCUGCUUGGCCGGUGGUGCUAUGAGGUCUCUAAUCUUGGCUGGCUAGAGAGAAAAACUGCUUCUGCCUUAUAUGAAACCCCACCAAGUGCUACUGUGCAAGAGGCUUUGGAAAAGUUCCUCAAGGCAGAGGAACUCUCACCAGGAUUUUCCAAAGCGGCAAGGGUUAACAUUGCAAAGUGUUACAGGGACUUGGGGGAAAUCAGCAGUGCUAACCACUGGAUAAAACUGGCUGCAGAGCUGCCUGAGCGCACUAAGCAAGAUAAAGAAAGUGCUCCUGUUAUUGAGGAGAUGUUGCUGACACUUGGUGCAGAAAGUGAUACCUCAAUAAAUACAUUUGCUUAAUGAUGACCAACAUAUUCCAUCAAGGGAUCAAUGAAUGAAUGAGUGUUUUGAAAGUCUUGAAGUUAUUUUAUUCACCUGAAAAUGUGACUUUAUUAUUGACAGUGUUCCUGUUAAAUUACUGACAUGUUUUACUUUGUGUAAGUAAAGGUAGGCAAACUGAGAGGGACAAAGGAUACCAGCUGCCUGUGUGUGGGCAGGCUAAGGGCGGUUUCCUAUUAGCUGCAGUGAAUUACCACAGCUAUUCUAUUAGCCCCGUAGCUGGCACUUAUCGUGGAUUUUGAGGUACGCGAAGCAGAUUCCCCGAUAACCAGCCUCAGGAGACCCGUUAUUGGAUAUUGACACAUGGUUUUCCCAUGUGCUAUCGCCCGAUAGCGGGUGAUUUACCACCCGGUAAAAAUGGGCUGUAAUUGUAUAGCCUGAUAGUAUUAAAAAGCCAGUUAUUACUGUGCGGUAAAUCACCACACCUCAUAGGAUACCGCCAUAAGUCUCUUAUAAUAACAUCUUUGUGCCUUGGCUUCCUGCCUGAAUUGGUUAUUGUGCAAUGAAAUUGAAAUAAUUAUUUAUUCUUUCAAGAAAAUUCUUUGUUUUAACUAUUUUAUCUAAUGAACACUGAAAUAUUGUAUUUUUUUCUGUAUACUUUAUAAAUUGGCACUAGUUUAA